AUGGACCUCGACAAUCAGCCAAGGGUGGUACACUUCUUUCCUCUCUCUUUAGGAAACUGCGGGAUGUUCUCUCCGGAUACGCGGCCUUCGUUAGGGAGAGGCAAAACAACGACAGUGCAAUAUCAAGGCUUGACGAGGGUCAUUGCCUUCUUGAUCGCUACUAGCGUAACAUUCCGGCUCUCAGAAGCUCUGAGAUUAUCACCAUCCAUGAUGAGUCAUGUUAGGAAGUUGGGCAUGGAAAAGAGGCUGGACAACAGCAGUUCGCAGCAUCAUGGUCGCAUGAUGUUUGCUACGAGUUUGUCUCAAUUCAUCAUCGUCUUCUCGGUGAAACACCAAGAGAAAACUCCCAUCUCUACUCUAUUCCCCUCUCGCGCGAUUGGAACCGCGACCAGAACUGCCUCGACUGGAUUUCACACCACUGGUUUCACCAACAUAUACGUUAAUUUUUACUAUGCUAUACAAACUCAGGAUGACAUCCCAGCAAUUUCAUCAACCCCACCACUACCACUUACCUCUCAGAAACCAUCGGCAAUGACAAGGGACGUAUUGCAAAGUGCAACUGCGGGGCAGCCCGCAACUACAGGCGCUACUCCUUGGUCCUCAAAGUAG